AUGGUUGGAAACGCGUUGUGUGAUUUAGGGGUGAGCAUAAAUCUAAUGUCCUUGUCGAUCGUUAAGAAGUUGGAUAUCGGCAAUGCAAGACCAACAACGAUCACACUACAGUUGGCCGAUAGAUCGAUAACGCAUUAUGAGGGUAAGAUAGAGGAUGUACUCGUGCAAGUGGACAAGUUUAUAUUCCCGGUGGACUUUGUUAUAUUUGAUUACGAAUCUGACAGAGAAGUACCUAUCAUCUUGGGUCACCCAUUCCUAGCAACAGGGCGAGCACUGAUAGAUGUGCAAAAAGGAGAACUGACCAUCAAGGUCGACGAUCAGGAAGUAAAGUUCAACGUUUUUUAA